CUAUAAAUACCGUGGGAUGCAUGGGACUUCCCAUUCAUAUGUGAAUGCCCCAUGCCCGUGAUGAGACACCGUCAAUCGUGUGCCCGGCUGUUUCCGGCUCUCCUGCUGGCCGUCCUGUACCCUUUGGCUGCUGGCCAGAACUACUGUGACCCGGAGCUGUGCCCCAGCGGCAGGCAUGUGGCCUGCCAGAACAGCGGUCGCUUUGCCAGCGGCUGCAGCGGUGAAUUCGUGCCAAUAGACAGCUACAUUCCGCUCAUCCUGCAGUUGCACAAUGAGCGCCGCAACCAGAUCGCCGGCGGCGGACUGAGCGGCUUCCCCAGCGCCGGUCACAUGGCCACCAUGAGCUGGGACCCGGCACUGGCCCAGCUAGCCGCCUACAAUACCCUGCAAUGCCGCAUGGCCCACGACGAGUGCCGCAACACGAACACCUACCGCUACGCCGGACAGAAUCUCAGCAUCCUCUUCACACGCAACGUGGAUGUGGCCGACUUUCUGCGCCAGCGCAUAGCCUCCUGGUUCGAUGAGAACCGCUAUGCCACCGCCGGCGACAUGGAGAACUAUCAAAUGCGUGGCGGACCCGCCAUCGGGCACUUCACGACGAUGGUGAAUGAGCGGAACAGCCGCGUGGGUUGUGCCAUUGCCAGGUUCACGGACGCCAACAAUGUACAGGCCACACUGCUGGCCUGCGACUAUGCCGUGACGAAUGUCCUCAACAACCCCGUAUACCGCGCCGGCCCACCAGCCUCCGAGUGCACCUCGGGCCGGAAUCCCACCUAUCCCAAUCUCUGUGCCGUCAAUGAGAACUACAAUUUCAAUCAAUGGUCGGGCUGA